AUAGAUCUGACAACUGCAGGGAAUCAUUUACUGCUGUGUGCAGCAGCUUGUUUUUAACCUCAUUUUUCAAGGAGAACGCCACUAAAGUGAUACAGCAAAAGGAGCCAGAGCAACCACCAACAUGGACAUUCAGCGAACUGCCUCUUUGUUGGGGACUCCUGACUCGAUGGAGAGCCUUGAGAAACAGCUAAGCUGCCCAAUAUGUCUGGACAUGUUUACCAAACCAGUGGUCAUCCUGCCGUGUCAGCAUAACCUGUGUCGAGGAUGUGCUAGUGAUCUUUAUGACUCUCGAAACCCUUAUCGUUUCUCUGGUGGUGUUUUUCGGUGCCCAACUUGUCGAUUUGAAGUGGUUCUUGAUCGCCAUGGUGUGCAUGGACUUCAGAGGAAUCUUCUUGUUGAGAACAUAAUCGACAUUUACAAACAGCAACAAGAGGGUGGUGGAGGAGGUGGUGGCAGCACCACUGAAAGUCCAAUAAAACCCAAAAGCUCCAAAGAGCUAAUGUGUCAAGAACACGAGGACGAGAAGAUCAACAUCUACUGCGUUACUCACCAAACUCCCACUUGUUCCAUGUGUAAGGUAUUUGGCCAGCAUAAGGACUGUGAGGUGUCACCACUUGCUAGUGUCUAUCAGGCUCAAAAGGGAGAGCUGAGCAAUGCCAUUGAUGCUCUUGUGGCGGGGAAUGGCCGCCUUCAGGCGUUGCUUAACCAGAUGGAGGAGGCCUGCACAGCUGUUCAGGACAAUGCUCAACGUGCCAAACAAAAGCUUGGCGAAUGCUUCGAUUCCCUCUAUGCAGCCUUGGAGGAGCGUAAAAAUGCCCUCUUAGAGCGUAUUGGCAAAGAGCAAGACGAGAAGGUUGGUGCACUCAGGAGUUUGGCUAGGCGUUAUGGGGACCGUCUUCAGGCAGCCACAGAGUUAACAGACAUGGCAGUUCAGGCUCUGGAGCAAAGUGGUGCCGCAGAGUUCCUGCAGGCCUCCAAGAACCUGAUCUCCCAGACAAAAGACGCAGCAAAGAGCUCACUUGCUGAAGAAAGGCCCGAGCCAGGCUUUGAAAGAAUGGACCAUUUCACUUUGGAUACGGAGCAGGUGGAGACUUUGUUGUCCAAGAUGGACUUUGGAGGAGAGGAUGAUGAGGAAUUUGAAGACGCUGAAGAUCAAGAAGAGGAGUAAAUAAGUUGGAAGAAAAGAAGAGGUUUAGGAAGGUUUAGCAAGGUCAUUGACAAAUGAGAAAAUAGAAGUUUUAAUAUUCGUAUUUCACUGCUAAGCAGUGUUGUCAUUUCAACAUGUAUAAUCAAAAGAAUAUUUCCAAAUAACUAGGUGCCAUUUUUUAUACUUUUUAUAAUUUAGUCAAAAUGCUGCUGUUGUUCUUAAAAGUUAUCUUCCUACUUUUGUUUCGCUCAGAAAUGAGUCACUGUUGUUUAUUUCUGCAGUCUGUUGUUACUAGUUCUGUAUUUUCAGUUUACUCUGUUUUUUAAUGUUCUUUAUUGUUUGAAAAUAAAUAAAAUUGAAAAUUGA